ACACAUCUGGAAUAUAUCAGGGCUCUCUUGUAAAAUGUGCAUCCAGGCUUCCAGCCAGCCGAGGGGUACUGCUGUGGGUGCUCCCAGAGUGAUGUCCCCUCCUGCCCAGCCUGUGCCAUCCCUCAGCCCUGAUGGUGGAGUGCUGUGGGAGCGUGUACGGCCUGAUGAGAGAGUAUCAGCCAUGGUCAAACUGCAGCUUCAAGCAGAAGAAAGAGGAGUAGUAUCAAUCAAAGGCGUAAGUGCAAACCGCUUUCUGGCUAUGAAGGAGGAUGGCAGAUUGCUGGCACUGAAAUGUGCAACAGAGGAAUGUUUCUUUUUCGAGCGCUUGGAAUCUAAUAACUAUAACACUUACCGGUCACGGAAGUACUCUGAUUGGUAUGUGGCACUGAAAAGGACUGGACAGUACAAGCCCGGACCAAAAACUGGACCUGGACAGAAAGCUAUCCUUUUUCUUCCAAUGUCUGCUAAAAGCUGAUUUGCAUGGCGGAUCCUGAACAUAUGCCACACUACACUUUAAGAGGUAGAAUUUCCUACUCCUCACCAAACUAGUAAAAAUAGAAGCAGUUAUUUGCUGUUAUCAGCUACUUUUGCAGAAAGAUUAAAACAUGAAUGUUUCUUCCUGUCUUCAUACUGCUCUGUAAGCCUAUUGUGCCAGUGUGUGUGGAGGUAAAAUUACGUAGAGAAUCUAUUUUCAGGAUCAAUAACACUUCUAUUUUCUGCUAGAGAUUUCUAUAGAGCUAUUUUAUUUACUUUAUAUUCACUUUAUGGAGUAAAGGGAAACUAAUCUGAUGCACGCUAACAGGAAAACUUGCCAUUUAAAAUAAUUUAUAUAUCUGUAGCUUAUUAGAGAAUAAAUACUGAUUUUUUUUUCUUCCCAAAAAUAAGAAGUCCAUGAAUAAUUUUAAUAUGAUCUAAGUAACUCUACAAUAAAAACUGUAAAUUAUUAAUAUAAUCAUGUGAAAUUUGUUGCUAUCAUGUAAUGUUUCUGUAGGAUUCAGGCAGCUCCCUGUGGUAUAGUUUGUAGAAGAGGCCUGUGUAAACAGCUGGAAACUCUCUCAUGGUUAUAUCAAUUUUAUCAAACCCUUCCCGGUAUCCGUAAAGUAACAGCUUAGCUACGUUGCUCGUGAUGGGAGUAGCAUGUUUUGUCCUGGCAAGCUCAUCGAGGUCCAUCCACUCACACCGCAAGCACUCCUGCUGGCAGAAGUUGAUGGUGAAGGAGGAGGGCUGCAGGCGACAGAUGAUGUACAUGUCUGACUUCCCAAAGGCUCCGGGGUGUUUGUGUUGCUGUCUUAUGCUUAGGAUGGACUUGAACUCUGACUUGAUGCCAGUCUCUUCAAAAACCUCUCGAACUGCCGUGUCUCCUAGGCAAAGAGAGCAAUUCUUUCAAUACACACAAGAAUAGCUAAACACUCUUUAAACCUUUUGAUCACAGAACAUUUCUAACUCAAAGCGUCUUCUGUUCUGCUUAGCAAGCUUUUCAAAACACAGAGCCUCUUUGCCAUUCUACACAAGGACAAGCUAACGUUUGAACGUUGAACGUCCCUGAACAAAACUAAUUGCAAACGACCUUUCUUUUGCACACGCUACAAACAGAUGAAAGAAACUUUCCAUAAUGCUGUCUAGGGUGUAGUUUUGAAACUUGUCUUCUAUCUUGCAGUGGAACAUCCUGCAUAAAGUUAACAGCAAGUAUAUGGAGGCCUUUGUGGGAUAGGAAACCCAUUAAUACCUAGUGCCUGCAGAACAUUUGUGCUUGUAACUUUCACUGCAGUAUUAAUUACAGGGCAACUGCCUAUGGGGAAAGAUACUCAUAUACCAUUACUGACCCCUAGGGAGGCUGCGUUGUACACACCCCAGGGUGGCCCUUGCAGUCCUCUGGUUUAAAACAGUGGUUGCAAAGCAAACUCCCUAGGGCAAGUGAUUUUUACUAUUAGGCAAUGGAUGUAUUACACAGAAAUGAUCAAAGAAGGUAAACAACUGAGAUUGGGCAGAAUGCUGAAGCAGGCUAUGGAAACUGAACAGGGAUUUCAUUUAAGCUUUGAGCUUUUCUUUUCGAUCAAGUGCCCUUUUCUGUUUCCAUAUUAAUUAAAUGUGUGUAUUUUAAAUAUGACAGUUAAACUAGGGCUUGAAUCUCAGAAAUAUGCAAAUAGAAAGAUCUGUGCACUUUGCUUAAUCUCCAUUAUGAAGCUAUACAGAUUACUUGUGCAAAUCAGUUUGUGCUCAUUAAAGGUAGCAGUCAUAUAUUUUGUUGCUUCACAUAAUCACAGGAUUUGCAAGCGUUGUAACAGCGUUUAAAAUUUGGACUCUCGGGUGACUGCGAGUUUGUAAGAUUUCACGUAAGUGAUGGAAAAAGUAAAAAUUAAACUUUUUAUUUUAUGCUUUACUAAUUUAUCUCUUCUGUAAUAUUGAAAUGUGAUGCACAUAAUCAUCGUGUUUAUUGUGAUAUUGUUAAGCAGAGGUAGGAGGGGAGCUCUGAGUGAUUUGUUUCUUCCUGGUCCUUCUUAAUAUCUACAUCCAGGCUCCAUCCAUAAUCUCACCUGUUAUUCAAGGGAUGGCUGCUGGUACUCAGAAUUGCCCUAGUGAAGCCGUCUCUUGUUCUGGUUAGUCUCUUCCCUCACUACAAAAGCUCCUCUGGUAUCUUUUGGCCCAGAUCCUCUCUCUCUCAAAGUGCAAGGGCGUCUGGCUAGGCAACAAACACGGUGUUGAGGGUCUUUCGAAAGCACGAAGCCAUUCCACUGUGUUGUAUGUAUUUGCAGUGUUGAACAAAUAAUUUUGAUUUCUAUCACUGUGUUUGACGAUGCAGUUGAAACGUGAUUCCAGAGUUACAAAAACUACAAGUCAACUUUCUCCAAGUGUAGAAAUAAUGGAUCGGAAUACAAGCUUUCCACACGUUGCUAUAGGAUCACUGCUAAGAUAAUACGGAGAGAUUUCUAAGGUAUGAAACAGAUUUAAGAUAUCAGUACUGUUUGUAGAGCUUCUGUGUUGCUCUGGGCAGUGUUUUCGUCAAACUUCACUUAUUAGAAGAAUGUAUUCCUAUCUGAAGACAGAUGUGGGGCUAAAUAACUGUGAGUGAGUUUACCUUCUGAAACCAAGACCUACCUAAUAAAUGCAGUAUAAUUUAAGGAUUAACCAGUCUGUGGAUUGUAGUUUCAGGAGGUGAGAUACAAGAAGAAAAGUACAAUCUUCUAUCUUUUCGUACACACCCUUAUUCAUUCAGCUUUGAACAGAAGUGCAGCAGCUGUGUUCAGCAUCACCUGUGCUGUGCUAGGUAGAAAUGAUGGCUGUCCUCAAACCAGCCUUGUUUUUUAAUGCAGAAGUGCCUUAUGUCUCUGAUUCAAAGUAGGUGGCCCCAGGUGUCAGGAACUGCACUUAUGCUGGUCCUGUGCAAAGAGCACUUAGUGUAAGCAAAUCAGUGGAUGAGGGUGGAAGGAAGCAAGUGUAUUUAUUGCUGUUUUGCACAUAAAUAUUGAAAGCUAGAAACUUUAGAUUUUUGCUCAGUACAUCACUGAGCUCCCUGCUCUGGAUUGCAGAGUGAGCUGAGGACUUGCUAUCUCACUUUUACUUUUUGUUAUCUGCUGAUUAUUUAAGUCCUCUGUGCUUCUUACUCUUACUGCAACAUACCCAACAAACCUACAAAAGUUGGCUUCAAGUUCUUAUUUAUGAGAACUCUUGCACAAAUGCAGAUGUUAUAAAGCUUCCCUGCCCUCAAUAUGAUCUUGCCCAGUGUUAAUCUUGUUAGAUCAACCAAUAUGAUCUUGAUGUUAGAUCAAUCAAUAUGAUCUUGUUCAUGUCAUAGGAUUGUGUCAUUUAAUCCAUUAGCCGUUAUUUCAAAGAAGUGAGUAGUCACAGGAGCGAUGUUGGGUCACUAUGUAUUUCAGCGUUAAUGUCUUUGUAGUUCUGUUGAUGUCUGACCUGUUACUGUUGAACUUACCAAUGUCUUCGCCAGGAUUAGACAGACCUCCUGGGAAUUUCCAUCCAUUGACGGUCUGCAUUGGAGAAAAAAAAUAUUAAUGAAGUGUGCAGCCUGUUUUGUACUCUGGAAUAUGAAGGUGACAAUUAACAGAUGACUUUUUUGGUGAAGUUGCAGUAUUGUAAUUACUCUUACAAACGUCAGUAAAGCUUUAAGUAGAAACUAUUCUGUUCUUACUAAUGUGAUGAUCAGAGACAUCUACAGUCUGUAUGAAAUAUUGGAACAAAACAUCUACUGAUUGAAACAAACUGUCUAACAAUCAUUAGACAACGUUGCUGCUAGAUAACUAGAUAGUAGUUGAAUAUUUUACAAAGCUGCUAUACACUAUAUACUCUUAUAUUUAAUCACUAAUGUAUCCCACUUCCAUGUUUUUGGCUUUUAAAAAAAUGUAUAUAUAUUUAAUCUUACAAACAGGUAUGAUUUUAGUACGGUUCUAUACUGCACUGGCUUUAAGAUGACUGUGUGUGUCUGUAAUAAGCAUUUUGUGCAACCUGUCACUUGUUUUUAUAGAGUACCAAAACCGAGGCCUCGUGUGUGAUUUAUGUAAAGAAGCAUUUAUAGAAUUGCAAUAAAGUUCAGUAAUUAAAACAGAACGUGAACUGCA